UUACAAACAGUCCAACAAAAUAGUGUUUAUACUUGUGCAACUCCUCUACAGGAAGCUCUGGCUCGAGCUUUUUGGAUUGACAUCAAUUGCAUGGGUGACCCAGAGUGCUACUUUAAUUCUUUGCCAAAAGAGCUAGAAGUAAAAAGAGAUCGGAUAGUACGUUUACUUGAAAACGUUGGCCUAAAACCCAUAGUUCCUGAUGGGGGAUACUUCAUCAUGGCUGAUGUGUCUUCACUAGAUGCGGACCUUUCCGAUAUGAAGAACGAUGAGCCUUAUGACUACAAAUUUGUGAAAUGGAUGACAAAAAAUAAGAAACUGUCAGCCAUCCCUGUUUCAGCAUUCUGUAACUCGGAGACUAACUUACAAUUUGAGAAGUUUGUACGAUUUUCCUUCAUUAAAAGAGAUAGCACACUGGAUGCUGCUAAAGGAAUCAUGAAGACAUGGAGUAAAUAGAAUUCUUGAUAUAAAUGCAGAAUGUGGUGAUGUUUAUGGGAUGACAGGCAUGGACUUGUUACUCAGUACUGCCACCUGCUGGAUGGUGAAAAAUAAAAUACUUUAAUAUAG